CAGGAUUUCAUUCAUCAAUAUCCAUUAAAAGAAAGAGACUUGGAGUGACUUGACCAAAUAAUUUUGAUUCUGUGUAUAUAUGUAGAACCCUGAAGCCUUGAAUAAAAAUCAAUCAUCCCUUAAUUAAUUCUUGCAUUUCCAAAUGGAUACUCAAGGAGAAUCAUCUUCAUUAUUCUCCAAAUUCUGUUAUGAUAUAUUCCUGUGUUUCAGAGACCAUCUUUAUGACAGAUUGCAAAGAAUUCAAGAGUCUAAUUCAUCCUCCCACUCCUUCCAUUCUUUCAUCUCAUACUCCUCAGAUAGUGAAGGAGAAUCAUCUACAUCCUCCAAGUUCUUUUAUGAUGUAUUCCUGAGUUUUAGCGGUAAAGACACCCGAUGUACAUUCACAGGUCACCUUUAUGACAGAUUGCGUAGAGAUGGAUUUCAAAUCUUCAAAGACGAUAAGAGUUUGAGGAAGGGCGAUGUCAUUUCAACUGCAUUAGAGGGAGGAAUUGAAAAGUCAAUUAUUUCCAUUGUUGUUUUGUCGACAAAAUAUGCUUCAUCUAGUUGGUGUCUCCAAGAAUUGGUUAAAAUUCUUCAAUGCAAAAUAUUCUUAAAGCAGAGAGUUAUGCCUAUUUUCUAUGAUGUUCUUCCUACUGAAGUUCGAAAGCAAACUGGGGAAUUCGGUAAAGAAUUUGCUAAACUCAAGGAACAAUUUGGGGCUGAACAAAUGCAGGAGUGGGCAGCUGCGCUUACUGAAGUUGCAAAUUUAUCUGGAAGGCCAGUACUUGCUAAUGGAAUUGGACGUAGGGAUGAACCAAAAUUUAUUGAGCUUAUUAUGAAAGAUGUCAAAAAAGAGGUGAACCAUACACCUCUACAUGUUGCUUCUUACCCAGUUGGAUUAGAUUCUCAUGCCAAAGAUAUAAUGGAGUCAUUACGGCAAAGUGAAUGUGAAAAUGAAGUUCGCAUGAUUGGUAUAUAUGGACUUGGUGGAAUUGGUAAAACAACUCUAGCAAAAGAUAUCUACAAUCGAUUGUUUCGAAAUGUACACUUUGAUGGUAGUUGCUUCCUUUCAGAUGUUAGAUCACAAGAUAAAAUUUUUGGACUAGACAAGGUACAAGAGAAACUUGUCAAUAUACUGCUCAAAACUGAGGACUUCAAAGUUAAUAGUGUUCCUGAAGGCAUCAGUCUAAUCAAAUCAAGACUCGGGUCAAAGAAGGUUCUAAUUGUUCUUGAUGAUGUGGACUCUGAAAAACAACUAGAAGCCUUAGCAAGAGAAAGAAGUUGGUUUGGUUUGGGUAGUUUAAUAAUCAUUACUACCCGAGACAAGCAAAUGCUAAAUCAGCUUGGAGAAAAAGAGAGAUAUGAAGCCAAACUAUUAAAUGAUGACGAAGCUGAGUCACUUUUUUAUAGGCAUGCUUUUGAAAACAUUCCUUUGCCACCACAAAAUUAUGUUGAUUUGGCACAUCGCAUAAUCAAAUAUUCUGGUGGGCUACCAUUAGCUCUUGUGACAUUGGGGUCACAUUUGCGAGGGAGAUCCAUUAAAGAAUGGACAUCCGAAUUCAAGAAACUAACUGAAAUUCCUCAUGAUGAUAUCCAAAGCAUUCUCAAGACAAGCUUUGAUGGACUUCCGCAUGACACAAAGAAUGUUUUCCUUGAUAUUGCGUGUGCCUUCCAUGGGUUAUCUGAGUAUGACGUUACCAGAAUAUUAAAUGCAUGUCGCUUUCAUACUGAAAGUGAAAUUGCAACUUUAGUUCAAAGGAACUUGCUCCAAAGGGAUGGGCUUUGUUUGGUGAUGCAUGAUCUAGUGCGGGAUAUGGGAAGAGAAAUUGUUCGCUUGGAAUCAGCUCAAUACCCUGGAAAACGGAGCAGGUUGUUCAUCCCUGAAGAAGUCUGUGAUGUUCUACAAGGAAAUAAUGGCUCUAAAAAUAUAGAAGUACUGAAGUUAGAUCGAGUUGGGGAAUUAAAGGGAGUGGACUUGAGCACUGAGGCAUUUAAGCAAAUGAAGAAACUUAGGGUGCUUAUAAUCAAUGAGUUACGUAUUAGUGGAGAUUUUAUGCUGUUGUCUAAGGAGCUCAGAUGGUUGUCUUGGCAAAAAUGUCCUUUAAAUUAUAUACCACCAGAUUUUCCAGCUGCUAAUCUUGUAGUUUUGGAUAUGCGAGGUAGUGAUAUCGAAGAAUUUGGUUUGAAUUUGCAGUGUUGCAAAAAAUUGAAGGAGCUGAAUCUCUCUUACUGCAAGCGCCUCAGUAAGACUUCAAACUUCAGUGGUGCAAGAAGUCUUGAGAUUUUGCAGCUUCAAUAUUGUAAUUUGUCCGAUACAGGUAUUCAUGUGGGUAUUGGGAGUUUAUCCUCCUUAAUAUCUUUAGAUUUGAGUGGCAACAAUUUCCAUUGUCUACCCUUCGAUUUUUCUAAGUUACGACUACUGAAGGAAUUGCGUUUGAAUGACUGUGAGAAUCUUCACACACUCCCACCGGUAUCAAAUUUAGAGAAUCUUAAAAUUUUUGAACUUAGGAAUUGCCAAAGAUUGGUCAAGAUUACGGAGUUGGACAACCUCCCUUCUAUAGAGUCGAUCAACAUGUGUAAUUGCAGUUUUCUGCAGAAUCCAUUCAAUGAAGGCUUCUUUAGUGCACCCGCUUUAUCAUUUCCAUCUAGGAACAACCCAUAUCAGGGGUUACAAAUUUAUCUCGAAUGCAAUGAAAUUCCAGAUUGGUGCAGCAAUAAAGUAACAGCUCCAUCUAUCUGUUUCACUAUGCCAAAACAUAAGUAUAAGUUCUUAGGAAUGGUUCUCUGGUUUAUUUGCGACGGCUGGAAUCAAUCCCAUUUUCGAUACUUCAUUGUCACUGUUGCACAUAAAGAGCGAUUUUUGACGUGGAAUAGGCAUAUUGAAACACCCAUAUUACACGGAGAAGUAUCACGUGUAUAUUACAUAUCUCACUCAAAUAGACCUUUUAAUGGCCUGGUGUUCAACGGGGGGGAAGAGAUUACAGUCAAGGAGUGCCAUGUCGAAGCUACUGUAAGCAAGAUAGGGAUACAUCUGUUAUAUUUAGACCAACAUGGUAAUGUUACAUCUCUACCAGCAAAAGUGGAUCAUUCUUAUACCGCAUACCCAGAAGAAGCGCGAGAUCGCAAGUCUUCAUCUUUGACAGAAGCCACGGGUCAUUCCCCGUAUAAAGCAAGACGCCCUUUCGACUCCCACUGUCCACGCAUGGAUCAUUCUUGAACUUGCACUCAUCCUCUUAAGGGUUUCAAGAAGAUGAGUGCAAGUUCCACUACCUUUAAGAUGGGUACUUGAUUUGGUUAUAUAAAUUUUUAUAUUGACAAAAAGUUGACAAGCAAACUAUAAUUGAUACUGUUUAUUACAAGAAAUCAUCAUUCAUUUUAUUAUUUCCCUCCCCAAUCUUCACUUUCUCAACACUUGCAUAGUUUCUAAAGACUCAAGCAUGCCAUUGUCCGUGUCAUUAAGUGUGUGAUCCACUGAUUCGCUGUGUGAUUUUUUCUUACCGCUGCGCUUAUACUUUGAAAACUAUGACUUAUUCCAACGU